AUGCGAUCAUUCAUCAAAUCACAUAGGAGAUCAGAAUCUUUAGAGAGAUCCAGUACUAAUACCAAUAAUAAUAAUAAUACUCAUGCUAGUAAUGCAUCCUCUACAAUCGCAUCAACAUCUUCCGCAUCCAAUACUCAUUCGCAUUCCACAACUUCUUUGCCGAGAACCAGUUACGACUCAUUCGAAUUCACAGCUCCAAUAACACCAUCCCAAUCUCAUCACCAUCUUUAUGAUAGUCCCAAGCAUUCAUCACCUACAUUUGAGUCAUUCCAUAGAUUAGCAAAUAAGAAGAUGUUUACAUCCAAAUUAUUUAAAAAGACUUCCAAUUCAAACUUAAACUCUCAUCUAUCUAAAGAUCAUCAUGCUUCCUCAUCAGAUUCUACAAAUAUAGAUCAUCCCUAUUUACACAAUCAACAUCAUGAUCCGUUACAUUUAGAUCUAGAUUUAGAUUCAGAAAGCCCGCCAGCCAUACAGGGAACUAUCACUCAUUCUUGGGAUAAUAACAAGAAUGAUUUAUUAGAUAGGAACUUAUCCUCCUCUACUUCUGCUCCAUCUCUUACUAACGAAAAGGAUCAUUAUAUAAUUCUACUGAAUAGUAGUAAUAAUACUGUUUCAACAACAUCGAAUUUGGAGCCACCUAUAAAAUUAGCAUUACCUGCAGAAACGAAAAAGAAGGAUAACUCAAGCUUAAGUGUGAAAAAGAUAAGAAAUAGAAAGGCAAGGAUUCAUUCAGAUGAUGAUAUUAUAGAGAUGAAUAAUAAAUCAUCCAAUUUUAAGAUUAAUUUGGAUUCAUUACAAGUGAUAAACCCAACAUUGAAAGAAGUACCCCAAAUUACAUUCCAAGAAGCAUCUCCCGUUAGGUGGCAAGACGAAAAUAAACCUCAAGGUUUAAGUAACAAUAAUAGUGAUGAAGAGGAAUUUUCGUUUGAUAAUGAUGAAAACAAUGAAGAUGACGACGAAGACAGUAAUAGUGAUACAGCAUCUGAAUUUUCAUUCGAGUUGGGAGGCAUUAAUGGUAGGGCGUCGUCAGUGAAAUAUUAUUCGAAACCCGGCGAUGAAUGUGAAGAUGACGACGAACCUCAAGUAUACAUUGAUGACCUUUAUGACGAUGAAAAUUUUGAUGACGAUAUGAACUAUUAUGAAGAUAGCAGUAAUAUGGAUGAUAACGAAAACGAGAAACAAGCAGAUUCUAAACUUCAAAAUUAUAAUGAUUUAUUUGAAUUAUCGGAUAACGAUGUUUCCAAUGAUCGUCCGACAUAUGAUACUGAUGAUGAUGAUAAAAAUACUUCUCAGUUAAAAGAAAAUGGCAAGCCAAUAUCCAAAUACGAAGAUUUAUUUGCACUUUCUGAUGAGGACGGUGAAAAUGAUGCAGAUAAUGAAAUUGAAUGCAUACCGACAGUCAAUAUAGACAUAACUGAUGAAGAUGAACAGGAUAAAGAAAGAGAACAUGAACAAAUAUUUCCUAACUCUAAUAAAUCCAAAAACGUCAAUAAUUAUAAUGAUUUAUUCGAAUUGUCAGAUGAGGAUGAGAGUGAGGAUGGUGAGAACAAUGCAAACUUGGUCAUUGACAAAGAUAUACAACUAAAUAUAUCAAGCGGUAUUACGGAGAAAAUAAAACCAAAUAAGCAAGCUAGCAUAAAACAUAAAGUUAAAAUUACCAAAUAUAAGGACCUUUUUGCCUUAUCUGAUGAAGAGGAUGGACUUGAUGAUGUAGAAGGAGAGAAUAUUCAUUAUAAUGUUAAUGAUGAAAAUGCUGUAGACGAUCUAAAGUUAUCGUUAAAUGCUAUUAAAGAUAUAAAUACAAGCGCAAACUACAUCAAAAAUGUUAAAGUUGAUGAUUAUGACGCAGGUGUCGAUCAGUCUGCCAGGAGUCUUGCCUAUUAUGGUAUUCCAAAAACUCCUUCAAGUUAUGUAUUAUCACCAUUAAGUGAGUCAAAUAAUUCAAAGACUCCUAUUAACAUGUUACAUCAAAGUUUCCCCACGAGUUUGAGUUAUACCCCACCAUUGCCUCCCCCAGCAAGAUCACAAAGCUUAAAGUAUCAUGAUCUUAAUUCUAAUUUGGAUGCUGAAGUACCAGGAUUGACAAGCAAUCUAUAUUUUAUUGAUGAAACUGAAGAAGACGAGUACAACAAGGUGAAUAAAUCUUCAAAGCAAAAUGGUAAUACCUCUAUUAAUAAAAAUAAUAAUAAUACCGACGAUGAAGAUUAUUAUCUUGAUGAAAUUAACACAGUUCCCGAAGACUUUGAUUUUUCUGAUUCGGAGAGUACAGAAUUUAGAUCACCUAUUAGGAAAAGAAACUUCCUAUACCCAACAUCAAAUUCAUUGAAUUUAGGAAAUUCAUUAUCACCAUCAUCAUUUAGGAGGACCCAUAGUUAUCAUGGUAAACCUAUUGGGGUAUCAAAAACAGAUCUACCAAUGAGCAAUAAACUAGAAUUAAAUAAUAAAACGGUCACUUUCUUCAAUAGCUCAUCAUCCUCGUCUAAUACAAAUAGUAGUUUAGCAGGAUUGGGAAAUAGUAUUCAAAGAUCAAGAUCACCAAAGGUAAGUCAAUACAUAGAUGAUAACAUCGAUAAUUAUAUUAUAAAUGGAAACCCUGAUGACCCCUCUAAUGUGAUUACUCCAACCAACUCUUUUAAGAAACCUGUUCCAGAGUAUCUGCAAGAUAAUUCCCUAAGCCCAAUUCAAGAAACUUCUUCAUCGGUUUCAAGUUCUCCCAAGAGAUAA